UUCGUUAACCAGUUGGCUGCUCUUUCGACAAGUAUACUCGUCACGAAAAAACGCCAGUACUUAUACUCGUCAUGUUACAGUUUGCUAUUUAAAUAGCAAUUUCAGCAAAAAGUAAAAUACAUUCGUAAGGUUUAAGAUGCCAGGAGGAAUAUUUGAAGGCCAAGACGAAAUGAAAGGAACAAAUAAGAAAAAUUGUACAUGCGACACAUUUUAGGGAGGUCAGUGGGGUGUUUUUUCAAACAGGUGGCAACAGUUGGUUCCCUUCAGAUUGAAGCAUUAGAUUCAACUAGAAUCAAACAUACUAUAAACUAUUAUAAUCCAAGUUACACUACCACGCCAAAAGAAUUUACUUAUAAUUCUCAAUGAGAAUUGAUUAUUCCACGAUUUUCCACUCAUUCUACAGGCUGCUCACAGGAUACAGGAAAAUGUUUGGAAGAAAAGUUAAAUGGUUUGGAAUAUGCAAAUGUACGCUGCUUUCAUCAAAAAGGGAAAAGUUUAAGAGAGCUUGUUCAUUGAUAUUUCUACCUUCACGUUUAACGACGUUAAAUAAUAAAUCCAUCCAACAACGAUCAGUUUCGUUAGAGGCUCGGGUAGAAGAAUUGCGAGGAGCAACCUCUGUUACUUUUAUUCGCACUCCGAUUGCGAUCGGUUGCGAUUUUUUCCAAAUUUCGUCCAAGACGUCAUCUGGUAAAGUAGUCCUUGGAACUUGUAAGAGGAAUCGAGUCGUUUGGUCGAAUUUUCGAACGGUUAUUCUAUUUUAAAGGACGCUGAAACACUUUGGUGAGUCGCUGUAGAGUAACCUAACCUAACAUGGAACAGCUGAUCUGAGAAACAUCGUAAAUAGAAUAACAUGCUUUCCUUGCGGCAAAAAUAGCGCGACGUUAACACGCGACAAAAUUAAUAGACGUUCGUUAAUAAGAUGUUGAAGGGUCUUAGAGUGACAGAAAAUGCGAAAUGCUGCGAG